UUGGAAGUGGUUGAGAAAUCCAGCAGCUAUGGGACGGAAGCAUCGACAAGCGUCCCAGAGCAGUGAUGAUGGGAUACCGCUGCUUCUCCUCCCUGUUUACGUCACGCAAUAAGACGAAUUAGAAAAUAAAUUUGUAUUGAGAUGAUAGCCGAGUAAGCCAAAAUGGACAAUGCGACUGUGGAGGACUGCAUUCCAUGGCUUGAUCUGUUCCUCCCUGAUUGGCCCUGGCAAGUUCAAUGUUCUUAAAAGAAGAAGGGGAAGUAUUAAGAACCCAUUUGUCAAGGAAGCCUCCGAAAUGAGGAAGCUUCAAAGCGUCACCUUUCCACCGCGUUCACAUUUCAACGGCAAAUAUCUUCUUUGUCAGCUACCAGUUGAAUUGGACAUAAUGCCAUAUCGCUUACAGUAUUGGAUUGCUUGAAAAACUGAAGAGGUUACAUCAUCACUACAGAACAUAUAGUAAAUUAUAUUGAAGUUGUGAGCGGACAUUUUGAAGGUGGCCACAAUGGCUGACAGAGUGAAUAGUUUGCCAUUCUUUUACGGCAACAUCACAAGAGAGGAGGCCGAGGACUAUCUUCAGCAGCAGGGUACAGUUAGUGGCUUGUAUUUGCUCCGGCAAAGUCGAAACCAUUUUGGAGGUUUCGCUCUUUCUGUGUUACAUUCUGGCCGCUGCUACCACUACACCAUUGAAAGAGAGUCCAAUGAAUCGUACGCUAUUGCUGGGGGUAAAAGCCACAACAGCCCUCUUGAUGUGAUUGACUACCACUCCCAGGAGAUGGACGGCCUCGUAUGUCGACUGAAGAAGCCGUGCAACAGGCCCAAGAACAUGCAGCCUAAGGUGGGGCCGUUUGAGGACUUAAAGGAAAAACUCAUUCUGGAAUAUGUAAAGCAGACCUGGAACUUACAGGGGACAGCUCUGGAACAAGCCAUAAUCAGUCAAAGGCCACAUUUGGAGAAGCUGAUUGCGGCCACCGCUCACGAACGAAUGCCUUGGUUCCAUGGAAAAAUAACUCGAGAGGACUCAGAGCCAAGGCUUCAAAAUGGCUCCCGUACAAAUGGAAAAUUUCUGAUCCGGCAGAGGGAUGCGAAUGGAUCCUUUGCUCUUUGUUUAUUACAUGAAGGAGAAGUAAUGCAUUACCGCAUUGACCAGGACAGGAGUGGCAAGCUCUCUAUACCAGAUGGCAAGAAGUUUGACACUCUUUGGCAGCUGGUGGAACACUAUUCGUAUAAACCAGAUGGCCUCCUGCAAGUUCUUACAGAAGUCAGUCCACGACCGGAUGAAGAUACAGAACUUUUAGGACAGUCGCUGCUACCACAGGAUACGUCUGGGUUUAGUUCUAAGUUUCAAAAUGCAGCAGGAGGAAUUCUUGCCAAAAUCAAAACAGUUCCCAUACCCGGCCGACAUAAGAGCCGCAGAUCUCGACACGAAAACAAAGACGCUAGUAAUCCCAACUCUUAUGAACAACAAGUGCCCAAUAAUUGGGUAGUCGAUUUAGAGUCUUUGCCGAUGGACACACCGGUUUACGACAGGACGUAUGCAGAUCCUGAUGAGCUGAGAAAUGCCAUUGUAAAUUACGAACAGCUCCAUUUGGAAGAUGAAGAAUUGGGUUCAGGAAACUUCGGUACAGUCAGGAAGGGCUUCUACAAGACAAAAACGACAAAGCAACCAGUUGCCGUGAAAAUCCUUAAGAACGAUGAUAGCAGCACAUCAGUUCGGGAGGAAAUGCUGCGAGAAGCCGAUGUCAUGCAGCAGUUGGACAAUCCUUACAUUGUCCGGAUGAUUGGUAUCUGUGAGGCAGAGAGCCUCAUGCUAGUGAUGGAGCUGGCUGAGCUGGGGCCACUUCACAAGUUCCUGCAAAAAAACAAGCAAACAACUAUUCCAAACAUCACGGAGCUGGUGCACCAAGUGUCUAUGGGGAUGAAAUACCUUGAGGAGCAUAACUUUGUCCAUAGGGACCUUGCAGCUCGGAACGUCUUGCUUGUCACACAGCACUACGCCAAAAUAAGUGAUUUUGGCCUCUCCAAAGUAGUUGCAGAGGACCAGAACUACUACAAGGCCAAGGGACAUGGAAAGUGGCCGCUGAAAUGGUAUGCUCCUGAGUGCAUCAACUUCUUCAAAUUCUCAACCAAAAGUGACGUUUGGAGCUUCGGAGUACUCAUGUGGGAAGCGUACUCGUACGGGGAGAAGCCAUACAGGGGAAUGAGAGGAAAUAAUGUUUUGCAAAUGAUCGAGAGUGGAAUGCGUAUGGAUGCCCCAACAAACUGCCCAGAAGAGAUGUAUAACCUCAUGAAUACAUGCUGGACAUAUGAGGUGGAGAAAAGACCUGCGUUUGCCGUUAUUGAGCCAAGACUACGGCGGUAUUAUUACGACAUUGCACAAUGAAUCUAGAUAUCUAGAAAUCAUUGAGCGAUCUGUCAGGAUGAUACUAAACAUCUGUACAUUAAACUAGCAAUAAAUUUUACGUUUCUGCAAUUAAAAAAAGAAUCCUGUGACAUCUAAUCUUGAAUUCAUUUUCAUUAUGAGCUUUCACAAACAAAAGGGGAAAAAUGCAUAUGGCGGAAAACAGACAAGUCUGAAAAAGCAGUUUCUGCUCUUGCACCCCUCUUUAUAAUAAUCUGCUGUAUUUUAAGCCAAAAGAACAGUUGUGUUUGAUAGAACAAUAUGUCUAUAUGCUGCCAUAGCAGAUUCAUGGCGCAUUAAGCCUCCGAACUAUUUUUAAUUUGUCCGUUUUACCCUGGAAACCCCCGUUUACAGACGUCGCGCAACCGCUUUUGUUUCAACCCAGCUAUAAAAAUUAUAUUAUUCAAAAUGUCUGUCAUUUUUAGCUUAGAGUGAUUAAUUGAUGUCUAAUGUUUCGUUAUGUUUUUUUUUUUUUUUUUUUCAAAUUCACUCGCAUAUUUUAAACAAAUUA